ACCUACGAUGAAUUUUCUCAUUUUUUCAGCCUAAUCCAAGGUCAUCAGAGGGGAAGCGCCUUUCAUUUUGGGCCCGCUAGAAAUCCCGGUUGAUCGACUCGCGUGGAGUGGAGUGGGGUCAGUCACGAGAACAGUGGAGGGGACGGUCGAUGGUGUUGGGGCCUCGUAAGUGUGUCGAGGGCCUGUCAAGCAUCAACUUUUCCACUCUGCAUACAGAACGCGGUCACGUACGUUUUUUAAUAGUUGCACAAGGCUCUCGACAAUUUUUAGGGUGCGCGUGACAGUAGGGUUCGAUUGGUUUCUGUGGCGCGUCAAUUCUCACGACAGUGGAUCGCGCUCGGGCCCCGCAGCUGCUUCGAGAAUUGGAAUGCGGGAUCAACAUGGAGGAGGUGGCGGAUAGAUCGAUAUUGCUUGGUGAUGUCACGUACGGUCGCUGACUCUUCCGUCCAGCAUCCCGUUAACGGAGCAUGGAAUGGACGGAUCAUGUCCACUCCUCUUCCCCAGCUUCGGGGAGCAGAGCGGCUCUGAGCGGGGAGGAGGUUACUCAUCACAGAAGCUCGGUGUGUACCGACCGGGUGCAGACGCCAUCGAUUUGGGUUACCACACCCUUGAUAACAAUGCCUGUCGCACUACGUCGGCCUCAUCGUCCUCGUCGACUCUGGGCAUUGUGCCGAACCCACCGAUCCGUCAACAGCAUCAGCAACAGCAGCCACCAUUACAGUCGAAGCACCAUCUGGUUCACCAUGCUGUAGCGGACCUCUGUCAGCUUGAUGACAGUCUUUUACUGAGGAUCUUCAGCUGGCUGGGCACUCGCGACCGGUGUGCUUUAGCGCAAACCUGCCGGCGCCUCUGGGAAAUCGCGUGGCACCCGGCUCUCUGGCGGGAGGUCGAGGUGCGUUAUCAGCAGAACGCUACCGGAGCGUUGAACGCGCUCACGCGUCGCGGCUGCCACACCUGCAUUCGCCGCCUGGUUCUAGAGGGUGCCACCGGGCUACCUGGCAUCUUCGCCCAACUGCCAUUUCUCAAUCUGACUUCCCUGGUGCUGCGGCAUUCGCGUCGCGUCACCGAUGCCAAUGUCACUACCGUGUUGGAUAGUUGCGCCCACCUCAAGGAGCUUGAUCUGACCGGCUGUCCCAACGUCACCCGGACUUGCGGCCGCAUCACUACCCUGCAGCUGCAAUCGCUCGAUCUCAGCGACUGCCACAGCGUAGAGGAUUCUGGCUUGGUGCUGAGCCUGUCGCGGAUGCCGCAUCUGGGAUGUCUCUACCUGCGUAGAUGCGCUCGCAUCACCGACGCCAGCCUGGUCGCUAUCGCUUCCUACUGUGCCAGUUUACGUCAGUUGUCGGUGUCGGACUGCGUGAAGGUGACGGACUUUGGGGUGCGCGAACUGGCGGCACGUCUCGGCCCAUCUCUCCGUUACUUCUCGGUGGGCAAGUGCGACCGCGUGUCCGAUGCCGGUCUGCUGAUCGUCGCCCGUCACUGCUACAAGCUGCGUUACCUGAAUGCCCGCGGCUGCGAGGCGCUCAGCGACAGCGCAACCAUCGCCCUGGCGCGUGGCUGCCCGCGUAUGCGCGCACUGGAUAUCGGCAAGUGCGACGUCGGCGACGCGACCCUCGAAGCGCUCUCCACUGGGUGCCCCAAUCUGAAGAAGCUGUCUCUGUGCGGAUGCGAGAGGAUCACCGAUGCCGGCCUCGAGGCGCUGGCCUAUUACGUACGUGGCUUGCGGCAACUCAACAUCAGCGAGUGCCCCAGAGUCACGUGGGUCGGCUAUCGCGCGGUCAAACGCUACUGCCGACGAUGUGUCAUAGAGCAUACUAAUCCUGGGUUCUGUAGCUGAUCUAACGCGGCUUAACAUAUCGUUUAUGUUUUGACGACCUUAAGUAGCGAUGUGAGGAAGUUUCCCUGAGAGAUUGUACUCCGGAAACACGAGGAAACUUUGAGAUAUUCUGAGAAUAAAAAUAUAAAUGUUUUUCAGCUAAAAUAUUCGAAAAUAUGUUAAGAGUAAUUAAUUUUUUUGAUAUUUUGAUAACAUUAUAAAAUUUCUUUGUAAUAUAAUAUUUUUUAUUUUUUUAUUUUUUAGAAUAUUCUUUAAAUCUAAAGAUAUUUCGAAAACGUACAAUAUAUUCUCAGAAUAUGUAAUCACCUCACAUUGCUGGUCUCCCAAGUACCAGACUGUAAUAUAGCAGAAGUUUAUAGGGAAUUAUAAACCCAAAUUUUUAUCCGAGUUUACGCGACGAUAAUUGUUAUUCUUUUCGAUCGACGAGAGAGAAUGAUGAAGAGCGAAUUGUUAAUCUGAGAUCAAUAAUUUGUAUCACCUGAAAUCUAUUUAUUAACGGGCUAUCAUUCUGUCGCUCGCAAGCAUGAAUUUGUAAAAAGAUGAUUUGUUUCACGAUUGGUUGUAAAAAUAUAUACAUAUGUUUGCUUCAAAAAUCGUGCGUGCUAUUUAUUGUUUCUUGUAAUUUAAUGAAUCGCGUAAAGAUAAUAAAUCGUUUCUAUUCUGUAACAAUAUUUUGUAAUUUAUUGUAACAACAAUACGACAUUAAAUAUGCUUAUUUGUGGAUGUCAAUUAAAA